GCCAUAAAUAAAUAAGUACCUAGAAUUGAAAUGUCAAUUUUGUCAAAUAAAAUGUUUUGUUUUUAGGUUAUCAGUAUCCCUCACUAAUAUCUAUUAAUUUAUUUUAAAAAUAAUUUGUAUCAUUUGGUUUAGGCUCGAAUUGUGAAAUUAUGUCAGGCAAUUUAAGAUUUCUUAAUAAAAGCAUAACUCAAUCUUUGUGCGUUUUGUCAAGAGGCUAUGCGAGACGUACGAGUUUUCCGGACUACUAUCAAAACCCAAUAUUUAGAAAAGACGAACAAUCCAGGCUGAUUGAAGAAGGGGAGUUGUCAAGGCGAGCUAAAUUACCGGUAAAACCGCCGACUGUAUAUAAAGUUUCAGUGUACCAUGAUCCGCUUGUAAAUAAAGUCAUCAAUCAUGUAAUGGAAAAAGGCAAAAAGCAAUUAGCUCGAAGUCUAGUUGAAAAAGCAUUUGAGAACAUCAAGAGGAAACAAAUUGAGCGCUACCAUCUGGCAUCAAGUCCUGAUGAAAAAGCGAAAAUUGAAUUAAACCCUAAAGACAUUUUGCACAAAGCCGUUGAAAACUCAAAACCAUUAUUGCAACUGACACCUAUUAAGAGGGGUGGCAUAACAUACCAGGUACCUGGACCUAUCACUGAAAGGAGGUCGCUGUUUUUAGCAAUUAAAUGGCUAUUGGAAGCUACUUAUGAAAAAGAAAAACAAGUCCAUUUUCCAGAGCAAUUUGCAUGGGAAGUGCUUGAAGCUGCUAAUAAUACUGGAAAAGUUAUCAAGAGGAAACAAGACUUACACAGGCAAUGUGAGGCUAACAGAGCCUAUGCACACUAUAGGUGGCAGUAGCAAUUUGUUGCCCUCAUCUAGUGUAAUAAGAUGUGCUUUAGAAUAUAGAUACUGUGGAUAUAAACUAUUGUCAUAAGUUGCCUUUAUUUGUGGUUAAUGUAAAUCUUCAAAUAAAUUAACAAUUUGUAUUAGUUUACAAUGGUAAACACUUGAAUGCAAGUGUCAUAGUAGCUACAGAAAAUGAAAAUAUGUUACUAAAAUAUAAUUUUACGAAGA